AUGUUUAAUUACAAAUACCUCAGUCGGGAGCAUCUGGAAGGCUUCGACAAUUAUAAGUAUAUGUCGAAGGAUACAAGCCCCAUAAGCGUGUAUGUUAUGCACCCAUUCUGGAACAAAGUAGUGGAGUGGGUACCUCGUUGGGUGGCCCCAAAUGUGCUGACUUUUGUAGGAUUCCUGCUAACAGUAUUAGAUUUCUUGUUAUUAUCAUAUUAUGAUUAUGACUAUAUAGCUGCAAGCUCGAGGGUGUCCAAUGAAACAUCAACCGAACCUCUAUACGGACACACAGAAGCUAUCCCUCAAUCAUUGUGGUACAUCCUAGCUGUCUUCCUAUUUUUAGCGUAUACUUUAGAUGGUAUAGAUGGCAAGCAAGCUCGCAGGACGCAGACUUCUGGCCCUUUAGGUGAACUAUUUGACCAUGGAUUGGAUUCUUACUCGGUAUUCUUUAUACCGGCCUGUUUGUAUUCAAUAUUUGGACGAUUGGACUUCUCCAUUUCUCCUAUUAGAAUGUACUAUGUGAUGUGGAACAUCUUGUUGAACUUUUAUCUGAGCCAUUGGGAAAAAUAUAACACUGGAGUGUUGUUCCUGCCGUGGGGAUAUGACUUUGGUAUGUGGACGUCGACAUUCAUUUUCCUGUGGACGGGUGUGAAUGGGACCGGUUUUUAUAAGAAGUAUUUGUUUGGAAGUUAUACUUUGGCCAAUGCUUUUGAAUGGCUCAUAUAUGGCACAGGUGUCUUUACGAAUCUUCCCGUUGCUAUAUAUAAUAUAUAUCAAUCAUACAAACUCCGUACAGGCAAGAUGAGAUCAUUCACAGAAGCACUAAGACCUCUCUGGUCCCUCCUGUCUAUAUUCAUAGUGUGCAGUAUCUGGGUACAUAACUCGGAGAGGCUUCCGGACUGUGACCCUCGAGUCCUAUUCCUCCUGGUUGGCACUCUGUUCAGUAAUGUAGCGUGCCGUCUAAUAGUGAGCCAGAUGAGCAACCAGCGCUGCGAAGCGCUGAACUGGCAGCUGGCGCCGCUGUGCGCGGCCGCCGCCGCCGCCGCCGCGCUGCCCGCGCUCGAGCUGCCGCUGUUCUACGCGGCCGCGGCGGCCAGCGUCUGCGCGCACCUGCACUACGGCACUUGUGUGGUGCGUCAAAUGUGCGAUCAUUUCAGAAUAAGCUGUUUCCAUAUAAAGCAACGUACAGAU